GUCACUUUUUAUGCAUCACUUUGUAUAUUGGUGGAGAAUUCCAGCUUCACUUUCAUUUUGACCAUCUAUAUUAAGUCAUAUAUAUUAAUUUCUUCAUUAUUUAUUCACGAAAUCUUUUAUUUUUUACUUUUCUAUGAUCAAUUAAAUAUUGCGCAAUUUGCUAAACGUUUCCAAACCACGUGACUGCGCCAUAUCUGUUCAGAGGUGAGUCAGUAUUGGAGAUCUCUGUCCUGCUCAUGAACUAUAGUCUGUUUUGUGAGCUUAUGACAAUUAUGUGAAUAUGUAUGCUUCUUUUGGCUGUUUAUUUUUUUACAUCUAUUUAUCUAUCUGUCUAUCAACACUGAAUUGAGCAAAAACGCUCUAAUCCGAUCAUCCAUAUUCACGUUUGGUUGGAAUGACUAAUACUGUAAUGAAAUAUCAGAUAUGUUAUGAGAAUAAGCUCUUUGAAAUUUAUUAGUAGUUCUAAAUUUUGACUCAAAGGGCCGCUGUUUAACAGCAAAGUGCUUAGGCUACACCCUAACCCUCCUACAACGUCUCGGUGCGUCACAGAGAUAGGGAGGACAAGCUUUUCACUCGAACAGUGUUUAGACGAUGGUAGCAAACGAGUUGGGAUCUACUGUAAAAAAUAAAUAAAUUAAUUAAUUAAUAAAUUGUAGUUUUCGUGUCAAGAGAUUACAAGCUAACUAUCAUAACGUGAAUACCACAUCAAAGGAUCUUGAGAUCAGACAAGGAAAUAUCCGCUAUGGCGUUGUGGCACUCGCUCCUGCUUUUCUUCGUCUUUUGUUCUGACUGCGCGUGCGGGCAGAUCACUUAUUCUAUUCCCGAGGAAAUGGCGAAAGGGUCGAUGAUCGGAAACAUCGCUCAGGAUUUGGGUUUGAAUUUUAAAAGACUGAAAUCGGGGAAAGCGCGUAUUUAUACAGGUGGAAGCACGGAAUAUGUCGAACUAAACAGAGAAAAUGGACGGCUUCUGAUUAAAGAGAAAAUAGACCGGGAGUCUCUUUGCGCGAAAUUAACCCCGUGUGCGCUCCAUCUCCAAAUGAUUCUGGAAAACCCGAUGGAGUUGUAUUCUGUUACAGUGGAGAUCACGGAUAUAAACGACAAUGCUCCUAAUUUUCAGAAGAAUGAAAUGAGGUUUGAAAUAAGCGAGUCAGCAAUGAUCGGUGCGAGAUUCGUGCUGGGUAAAGCUGCUGAUCCGGAUGUUGGAAUAAACGGACUUCGGAGCUAUUCCCUUAAACCAACGGAUCAUUUUGUUUUGGAUAAAGAAUCAGGCGGUGAAAAGAAUGUAGAGAUGAUUUUACAAAGACCUCUUGAUAGAGAAAAGGAAGGACAAAUUAAUUUGUUGUUGACGGCGUUUGAUGGUGGUGAGUCUCGGCUGUCGGGAACAAUGGAAAUAUAUAUAACAGUUGUAGAUGCUAAUGAUAAUCCCCCUGUAUGUUCCCAAAAGGUGUAUAAAGCUACAAUACCGGAAAAUAGCACAAAGGGAUCCAAAAUAACAACAGUAAGUGCUUCUGACGCAGAUGAAGGCUCCAAUAGUCUUGUGUCUUAUUACAUUUCUGACGCAGUGGACAGAAAUGUGGCUGAUAUUUUUCUGGUAGAUCAACAGAGUGGAGAAGUGAUUUUACAUGGUGACAUCGAUUACGAAAAUUCUAACCACUAUCAGCUUGACAUUCAGGCCAGAGACCAAGGAGGUCUAUCUGACACUUGUAAAGUAAUUAUUGAUGUUUUGGACAUAAACGAUAAUAAGCCAAUUAUUGAUAUUAUCUCUAUGUCCAGUUCAAUAUCUGAAAAAUCCAAACUGAAAACGGUUGUUGCCAUGUUGAAGGUAAAUGAUCCAGAUUCAGAUGUUAAUGGACAAGUUCACUGCGAUAUCAGUGACAAUAUUCCCUUUGCAAUAAUAUCACAAUCUAACUUCUUUAGCCUGUGCACAGAGGAUGAAUUAGAUAGAGAGAAUGCCAAUGAGUAUAACAUCACUGUAACCUGCUCUGAUGAGGGAGUUCCCUCACUCUCCAGCAGCACUUCUCUCCGUUUACACAUAUCAGAUGUGAAUGACAACACGCCUGUGUUUGAGAGAAAGAAUUACGAGGCCUAUGUGGUGGAGAACAACACACCAGGUCUCUCUAUAUACACAGUGAAGGCGAGUGACGCAGACUCCAAGCAGAAUGCUCGAGUUUCUUAUAUUUUAGAAGAGAGCACUGUCAAUGGAGUUCCUGUAUCAUCAUAUGUGUCAGUCAGUGCUGAUAGUGGAGUCAUUAAUGCAGUGCGCUCUUUCGACUAUGAGCAGUUAAAGGACUUCCAUUUCCGCGUCAGAGCGCAGGACGGAGGCUCCCCUCCACUCAGUAGUAACGUGACAGUAAAAAUUACAAUCCAAGAUCAGAAUGACAACGCUCCUCAGGUUCUCUACCCAGUACAGACUGGUGGCUCUGUGGUGGCUGAGAUUGUGCCUCGUUUAGCAGAUGUCGGCUAUCUGGUCACUAAAGUGGUGGCUGUUGAUGUGGACUCUGGACAGAAUGCCUGGCUCUCCUACAAACUCCAGAAAGCCACAGACAGGGCGCUGUUUGAAGUGGGAGCGCAGAAUGGAGAGAUACGCACUGUGCGCCAGGUCACUGAUAAAGAUCCUGUCAAACAAAAGCUUACUGUAGUUGUGGAGGAUAACGGACAGCCAUCUCGCUCAGCUGUAGUGAACAUCAAUGUAGCUGUAGCGGACACUUUCCCUGAAGUGUUCUCAGAAUUCACCGACUUUACGCACGCCAAACAAUAUAACGAUGACCUCACCUUUUAUUUAGUUUUAGCAUUAGCUGCUGUUUCUUUCCUUUUCAUCACAACUGUAGUAGUUAUAAUAUCAGUAAAGAUCUACAGGUGGAGACAAUCGCGCAUCUUCCAUCACUCCAAUCUCCCAGUUAUUCCGUACUAUCCACCCGGUUUCGCAGACACAGGAGUUACUGGAACUCUGCCGCACAUGUAUAAUUAUGAUGCUUGUAUGACGACUGACUCGAGGAAGAGUGGCUGUAAAUAUUCUACACUUGGAGCACAAAGUGUUUUAGUGAUGGACCCAAGUUUUACAGAGACUAUGCAGCGCGCUAUGAAGGAAAAUAAUCUCCUAGAAAACCCUGAUUCUCCAGAGUUGGUAAGGGCUUGUCAUCUCAAUUCCUUACAAUGAAAUUUUCCCAGUUUGUAUAUAGUAUUAAUUUUAAUCAUGAGUGAUGAUGCUUUUGGGAAACUCUCCUCUUUGAAUGCACUUACACUUACACGUGCCUAUAAUGUUCUUUUGUCUGAAUAUUUUGGAAGGCAAUAAGAUUUAACUGGAUCACAAGUGCAGUACCAUCUUCAUUUGUUAUUGCUUUUUAAGAUAAUAAAACUUUCAUCUACUUAGAGAGCUAGCAACUGUUUUUUUUUUCAUUUCUUAUUAAGAUUGUGUUGCUUGCAAUAUGCUGAUUUAUAUGAACCUGCUGUUUUUUUUUUCGGAAAUAGAAAUGACUGAUGCAAAUGCACUUUGCUGACAUUGCUCACAAACUUUUUAUCUGUUAUUUUUGUUAUUUUCCCUGUUGCUAGUGAAAGAUUGUGUCAAUAUAUGUGUCAAACUCUAGGUGUGGAUCAGUGCAGUGCAAUGUUUGUUCAUUUAUGGUGCUGUUUGGUGGAGCAAGAUUUUCAGUACUUUGUGUAGGAUAGCCACAACCAGAUUCAUGCACACACUGCCGACUCAAAUGACAACACCUGAACACCCUCUCCCUUGGAUUUGGUAAUAAUAUUAGACUAAAACCAAAUUAAUUCAGCACAGUCCACCUAUGUAUGCACAUACAGGACUUACUGGAACCCUGACAACUGACUCAUGAAAUAGAAACUGAAAACAAUGGCAUAGAUGUAGUUUUCAAAAUGUUUCAAUGAUGGAUAAGAGUUUCAGAAAGAACAUGCCAUGAUCAGGGAAGGUAAUAAGUUGUAAGAGCUUAGAGACUUUUGACAACUGAUAAA